UGAGCUUGUUCCUCUCUCCGUCACCGAGUUGCUUCUUCUACUAGGGUUUUCUCUUCCGCCAUUGAUGGCAUCACCCUAAGCUCCCGCCCCUUCUUCUCCACAGGCAUUGCUCUCAGAUCACUUCCAUUCCCCAAUUCCGCUCCGAUUCCGUCAUUUCUAGGGUUCUCGUCGAUCCAGAUUUGCGGCUUUUUUUAUUUUAUACUUUUUUCAUUCUCGAUGGUAUGUUCCCUUGGGAUUGGAAGAAUGGAAGUCAUGGCAAGGUUUCUAGCUGGGAGUUUCUCCCAAACCAUUGCAGAUGACUUUGGCAGGUCAGCUGCUGAGUAUAUUUGCAGAGAACUACGUGAGGCAGAUGAAGCAAAUUUACUUGAUGAAGAAGGAGUGUUUGGAAGUGCAGAAGGAGAAGGCCUUCUGUAUUGGCACCACUUGGGGUCCUGUCUACAAGUAAGACAUUUUUACCAUGGUCAUCUUCAAUAAAUGCUUGUAUGGGUUCACAGACUAUAUUCUCUUGCUCAUUGUUGUCUCCUUUUUUCUCCUCUUAAAAUAUUUGAUAUUUUACACUGUGCUAACUGAUUUUAAUUAUUUA